AUGUGUACAACAACACCCAAGCCCACCACGGCGGAGCCAACCACGGCAGAGCCCACCACGGCGCAGCCCACUACGGCGGAGCCAACCACGGCGGAGCCAACCGCCACCACCGACGAGGCGGUAAAUUCCACGGAGAAGCCGAAGCCUAUGACGACGGAGAAGCCGAGUGGCACUGAAGAGGAAACGGUGACCGACGGCACCUACAGGAAGGUUUGGCAAGCCCAGGGCAAGACCUUCUUCGACCAGUUUAACUUCCUUUGGGACGACCCCAACCACGGCUCGGCGCAGUACUUGCUGCAGCCGGAGGCGGAGGAGGAGGGAGUCAUCGAAGCCACCCGCAACUACGCCAUCAUCCGCACGGGCCGGGCGAGUCCCAAGUACUUGUACAAGCGCAUGACUGCCCGAAUUGAGUCGAAGGACCACUGGAAGAACUUCCUCUCGCUGAUCAAGUUCUCCCACGUGCCCUACGGAUGCGGCGUGUGGCCUGCGCUGUUUACCCUCGCCAGCAAGGGGGAGUGGCCCAAUGGCGGGGAGCUGGACAUGUUGGAAUACGUGAACAUGGAUGUGUCAAAGGCCUCAUUCCACACGGGCGGCUCGUGCCAAUUGGCGCCCCACGUGGUCAACGAGUUGGGCUCCUUCCCGGACAGGAACGACAUGAAUUACGACUGCGUGACCGAUUACCCGGACAGGCUCGGCUGCGCGCCCAACAAGUGGAUGAAGAGCUCAGAGGAUUGGGCCCACAGCCCCGGCAUCGUUGCUACGCAGUGGACUGACGACUUCAUCAAGCUUUUCUACAUUCCUGAGGCGGAGAUUCCCCAGGACAUCAAAGAUGAGAAGCCAGAGCCGACGAGCGCUUGGGACCGCUGGCUCUUCUCCUGGUACCCGUUGGCAGGAACCUCCUGCAAGGUGGAGGCUCAGAAGCUGAUGAUGCAGAUCAACUUCUGUGGGGACUGGGCCGGCAAAGACGCUCCGGCUGAAAGCAGCUGA